UCGUCGCGCACAGAAAUCGAUACGAGGCGAUACGGACAGGCGGCAGCAGCAGCACAGCAGCCGCCGCGCACUCUCGUCUCUUCGCACGGCACUCUGCGAUCGGUAUCGCGCGCGUUGGUCAGGGCGUAUAUUUAGUCGAAGUAGGCGAGUUGUUAGACGCGUUAAAUCGAGUGCACCGGACGACGGGAAGAACUUAUCUCCGCCACAAGUAGGCGGCGGAUCUCGUCCGCGUUUUCUCAGCCGCGGUUAUUGAACCAGAGAGAUUCGCGUGCCGACGGCGACGACAGAGAUGAAGUGGUUGCUGGUGCUCAGCGUUUUGGCGGUGGCCGUCUUAUCCUUCGCCGCCGCCGAAGGAGAGAUUUGGGAGGAGGACGAUCACGAGGUGCUGAUCAGGAGUGAGAGGGGAGCCAAAAAUCAAGAGUGCCGGUACGGCAAGGGGGCGUGGUCGGAGUGCGACCCGAAGACCAACCAAAGGUCGAGGACGUUGACGCUGAAGAAGGGCAACCAGACGAAUUGCGAGCCGACCAAAACCGUGCAGAAAAAGUGCAAGAAAGCCUGCAGGUACGAGAAAGGGGCGUGGGCCGAGUGCAACCCGCAGGGACAGAUGACGCGGAGCGACAAGUUGAAGACGGGCAGCGACGCCUCCUGCGAACAAACCCGACAGAUCACGAAAAAGUGCAAGGCAAAAGGCCCGAAACCGACCAAAGGUAAGAAAGGUCCACGCCGCAACCGGCAGUAAUCGCGAGCGAGGGACGCAGACGCCCCUACGAAGCAUUAAUUAGAUUGUAAUUCAUUUCCGCCACAUUUGUAAUAACCAUUUCGGUCGGUCCUCCCCUCCCCCUGCCCCUCCCGUGAACGUAGCUGUUUGUCGUUUACCGGUCGGUGUCAAAAUCAAUGCCAAAAAAAGCGUAGUUUUUCUAUAACGUAGCCGUUCAGUCUUCCGACCGCGCUCCGCGCGACCGGACCGCCGCGCCGGGCGCGGCCACGUCAGUUAUCCAUAAACUAUGCUCUCUGGUUCACGUAUUGUAAUAUUUACGACUUCUAGUAAUAAAACGUUUGAAACAAA